UACUUUUUAUGUGUCAUUGAAAUAACGUUGUUGGAAACUGAGACAAAAACAUAACAUCAAACCUUAAUAUCACAAACAAACAUAAGAUCUCUUGUUUUGUUCUUAGUUUCAUAACUCGUUCUGUUCUUACACGCUACGUUACUUUGUUUUGCUUCAUACCAACGAGUUGAACCACCGAGUUUAGUGUUUUUUUUUUAGUGUUUUAGUUGGUGGAGUAAUUGUUUGGGAGAGAUGAAAAUGAUUAAGAGCUUAUUUGAAACGUGAGUUUUGUGAUGUGAAGUGAAGAUGUUUCGUUCUUCAAAAUGGAGAAGUGAGAAGAAUAGGAUUAAAGCUGUUUUUAAGCUUCAAUUCAAUGCUACUAAGGUGUUACAAUCAGGGGUGGAUGCAUUGGUGUUGUCAAUAGUUCCUGGUGACAUUGGAAGACCAACAAAAAGAUUAGAGAAAGCUACGGUUCAAGAUGGAAAUUGUCGGUGGGAGAAUCCGGUAUACGAAACAGUCAAGUAUUAUCAGGAUCCGAAGACCAGAGAAAUCAACGAUAAAAUAUAUAAAUUUUUGCUCUCAACGGGGUUAUCAAAAGCUAGCGCCGUCGGGGAGGUUUCUGUGAACUUUGCUGAUUAUGUAGAUGCCACAAAGCCUUCCCAUGUCUCUCUUCCCAUCAGGAAUUCUCAUGGUGAUGCUGUUUUGCAUGUAUCUAUCCAGAGAAUGCAAGAAAAAAAUGAUCAAAUUCAAAGAGAGGAAGAUGAAUGUGAAGAUAUAAAACUAAAAUUCGAUGAUAUGAGCUCAAGAAACCAAUUCAGCAACGGUGAUACAGAUGAAAGCACUAAAAGUUAUUUUUCUGAAGAUGUCUCUUCCAAAGCAAUAAUCAACAGGACGUCUAGUGGGUCCGACGUUACAUUGUCAAGUUCUGAUGACAGCUCUGGAGUUGAUACUCCCUGCGAACUUGGACUGAGAAAAACAAACAUUCAACCCACCACAAACCAGUUUGUUCCAGUUAUGUCCCGUGCCGCAGAAUCUCCAAAUGCUGCUGUUAAUGCCUUGACACCGAUGCAUGAUUUACAUCAGAGAUCACAAUGGGGUUGGUCAUCUAGCUCAGAGCUCGGGUUAAGCAUGGGCGAUUCAACAAACGGUUCUCAAAAUGCCCUUUCCAAGGAAAGUUCCCAAGAGGCAUCCCAUUUGGAGAUUGAGAGACUCAAAGCUGAACUUGCUGCUUUGGCGAGGCACGUGGAUGUGUCGGACAUGGAACUACAGACCCUUAGGAAACAAAUUGUAAAGGAAAGCAAAAGAGGGCAGGAUCUCAUGAAGGAAAUCAUUAUCUUGAAAGAUGAAAGGGACGCACUCAAGACAGAAUGUGACAAUGUCAGGUCUUUCCACAAACGCAUGGACGAUGCCAAAGUGAGAAACAGGUCACAGUUGGAAAGUGGAGAUCAUCAUGCCUUUGUCGAAGAAAUCAGACAAGAAUUGAAUUAUGAGAAAGACACGAAUGCAAAUCUCCGAUUACAGUUAAAAAAGAUGCAAGAAUCAAAUGCUGAAUUGGUUCUUGCCGUGCAGGACCUGGAAGAGAUGUUGGAGCAGAAAAAUAUGAAUAUGUCUAAACAUUCCAAUGGACAGGAACACAAUAAAAAUUCCCAAGAGUUAGAGAUGAAACUCUCACAAUGUGAAACAAGUGAUGAUGAAGAUCAAAAAGCAUUGGAUGAUCUUGUCAAGGAGAAAAGUGAUGCCAAGGAGACACACUUGCUUGAGAAAAAAAUUAUAGACUUGUAUGGUGAAAUUGAAAUGUAUAGGAGGGACAAAGAGGAGUUAGAGAUGCAAAUAGAGCAGAUUGCACUAGACUAUGAGAUAUUAAAACAGGAAAACCACAAGCUUGUACAUAAGCUAGAGCAAAGCCAACUGCAGGAACAGUUAAACAUCCAAUAUGAGUGUUCAUCUCCUCCUGGUGCUAUGAAUGGCAUUGAAACUCACAUUGAGAAUCUGGAAAAAGAACUCAAGGAACAGUCAGAAGAUUUCUCAAAUUCUCUAGCUACCAUUAAGGUACUAGAAACCCAUAUCAGAAGAUUAGAGGAGGAAAUGGAGAAACAAGUACAAGGAUUUGAAGCUGAUAUAGAAGCAAUGGCACGUGAAAAAGUCGAGCAAGAGCAAAGAGCCAUCCAAGCCGAGGAUGCGUUGCGAAAGACCAGACUGAAAAAUGCUAAUACAGCUGAAAGGCUUCAAGAGGAAUUCCAGAGACUCUCAAUGCAAAUGACUUCUACCUUUGAUGAAAAUGAGAAGGCUACCUUGAGAGCUUUGACAGAAGCAUGUGAACUACGAUCGCAGAAAACUAUACUGGAAGAAAUGCUGCAUAAAGUCCAAGAAGAGCUUCAGUCAACUAAAACUGAUUACGAGGUAAAACUGAACGACCUUUCCAAUCAAAUAGAUACAAUGAAAUUUCAGAUACAGCAGAUGUUGGUGGAAAUCGAAGACAAGUCCAAGCAACUCGAAAAUCAGAAGAAGCUUGGGGAACAAGUUAAUAGGGAUUUCUCUGAGGAGUUUGAUAUGCUAAAAGCUGAGAAUGAAAAUCUUAAACUAGAGAUUUCGCUCUUAAAUGAACAAGUAGAAGGAAAAGAAAUAUUAAGGACUGACUUGGAACUUAUGAAGAAAUCAAUUGAGGAAUCUGAAACAUUGUUACAUCAAGGAACUGUGGAAAGAGAUGAACUUGUGAGCACAAUUGCGUCAUUGAAGAAGGAAGCGGAACAUUCGCUUAACGAGCUAAGUAAAAUGAGAAAUUUCAAGGAAGAAAAAGAAGAAGAGGCUAGACUAUUGAAGUCUGAGUUGGAAGCUAUUAGAGUUCAAUGCAGUGAUUUGAAAAAGUCACUUUUUGAGGAUGAGGCUGAGAAAGAAAAACUAAGAAAGCAAAUUUCCCAGCUAAAGAGUGAAAUAAAGAAGAAAGGUGAUGCAUUAACCAGCAUUGAGAAGAGAUUCAGGGAUAGUAACGGACGCAACCAACUUUCUGAUGGAUCUAAAACCAUCCCAAUCAACAAAAAAAUUGCUUCCAGUCCUCAUCAUUCAAAAGAAAUGGCAAGUCUGAGAGAGAAAAUAAAAAUGCUUGAGGGCCUGAUAAAGUCAAAGGAAACUGCCUUGGAAACUUCAACAACUUCAUCUAUGAAGAAGGAAAAGGAACUUCAGAGCAGAAUUGUGGAGCUGGAGAACAAAGUGGAGGAAUUUAAUCAGAAUGUUACUUUACACGAGGAUAGAAGUAUUAAAAGUUCAAAUGAGAUAUCGGAAAAAGUAAGAAAUAGAUUGGAACACGCGGACAACAGUCUUAGUGGCGUAUUGACCGAAUUGUCGUCAUUGAAGGAAAGAAACAAAUCAAUGGAAAGCGAGCUCAAAGAGAUGCAAGAGAGAUACUCAGAAAUGAGUCUCAAAUUUGCUGAGGUAGAAGGUGAAAGACAAAUUCUUGUUAUGACUGUAAGAAACCUCAAGAGUGUCCACAAGGGCUGAGAGUUUUUUCCUCUUGAUAUAUUGGAGCCUGCAGUGUAUAGCUGUAGCAGGUGCACUUUGCAACAGUGGAACACAAUUUAUAACGAAUAAACUAAUGUUUAAAAUGGUAAAAUAUGUUAUUUUUACGCAAAAGUGGUUGUUUAGAGGAUAUAUAGCAAUGCAGAAUUCAAAGAAUUAAACAUUUGUGUUUAGAUGUAUUCAAGAGAUGCAUAAAAGUUCUUAAUAAGUUAGUACCUCCAAAUAUCCAAUA